AGAUCAUGACCUGAGCCGAAGGCAGCGGCUUAACCCACUGAGCCACCCAGGCACCCCCACCCCCGUACUUUCUAUGAUCCCUUGUAAUCCUCCUAACAACCCUAUAGUACAGGAAGAAAAUACCACCCAUUUUACAGAUGAGGAAACUAAGGUCCAGAUUUGGCCUUACCCACAGAGCCACAGACUUGGACCACUGUUUGUCUCAUUAGUUCAUCCAUGCCUGACUCAAUGCUCACUUGGCAGGAGGCCAGGAACUCCAAAGAGUCUCCAAAGGGCCCUGGCGGGGGUCCCAAAUGCCCAGCUCCCUGUCCCACUCUGAGGUCCCAGCCUCUCAACCCUUCCUGGGCAGGUCCUCAAUUUUUUCCUUUAGCUUGUGGCAUUUCUGCUCACUAAUUGGUAACUGUUUAUUGUGCAUUACAAGAAUUGUCUAGUCUGUGUUUGUUGCUGUACAAAAAGUUUACAUUAUAUACAGUUCGGUAGGUCCUGUUUCUUUUAUAAAUUUAAGAUUUCUAAUCUUUGUUAAGAAAAUCCCCUGGCUCCUGGGAAGUGGGAGUAGGGGGUGCACCCUCUUCUUCCUUCUUUCUCUCCUUCCAAGGCUUGUCUUUCUUGGAGGCCGAGUGGGGCAGGGGGAUUGUUUGAUAUCUUCUUGUCAAUUUGUAAGCACUCUUUAUAUAUGAUAGCUAUUAAUUAUAUCCUGUCCCAGUGUUGCAAAUGUCCCCCCUCAAGCCUUUUGUACAUUGCCUUGCAGUGGUUUUUAAGAGUUGUGCAAAUAUGUCCAUUUCACAGAUUCUGGGUUUCCAGCCUUGGUUGGGAAGCUCUCCUGCUCGUCAGGGUAGUGUGAUCUCUGUCCUCAUCUCCUCCUCUCCUCUCCUUUCUCCGCUCCCCUCUGGGGCCUCUCUCUCCUUAUCUCCAGCUUCUCCUUUCCCAAGGUUCUGGGUCCCAACGGGGGACUUGCCCAGCCUGGAGACCCAGCCCCUCCCCCUCCGUCUUCACCUUAUUUGGAAAGGGGGUUGUUCAAAUCCCUGUGGGUUUUUAAGAGCUUUUCUUACCUAUACUAUUAACCCUAUGUUCCCUUCUGUAUUGCAAGAGACUCGUCAAGUCCUCUUAAUUGACUUUCUUUCUUUCUUUUAAAUGUUUGCCACGUGAAAUCUUAAGCUGCUAAGCUGUACACAAGUAUGUCCGUCAUGUGUUCAUUGGCUGUGGGUCUCCGACGUAGGUGUGGAAGGUCUCCCUGCUCCAGGGAGGGUUGGUGGGGAGGUGGGGAGGGCGUCCUUAUCUCGCAGCUUCUCCCUUCCCACGGGCCAGGCUCAAUAAAAGCGCGCGGGGACGCGGCAUUGCAGUGUCGCCAUGUCCCCGCUCUGCCCCCUGCUGCUGGCCCUGGCCCUGGCGGCCGUCCCUGGCGGCCGAGCUGCCUGCCCGGCCCCCGCGGACCUCAAGAAGCCCGACGGGACGCGCACGUGCGCCAGGCUGUACGACAAGAGCGACCCCUAUUACCAGAACUGCUGCGGGGGCGCCCAGCUGUCGCUGGAGCCCGGCGCCGACCUGCCCUUCCUGCCCUCUGACUGGACAAACGUCGCCUCCUCGCUGGUGGUGGCCCCGCGCUGCGAGAUCACCGUGUGGUCCCUCCGCGGCAAGGCCGGCAAGACGCGCAAGUUCUCGGCGGGAGCCUACCCGCGCCUUGAAGAGUUCCGCAAGGGUAUCUUUGGCGACUGGUCCAACACCAUCGCGUCGCUCUACUGCAGGUGCCCGCCCGGCUCCGCCUCCGCCCCCGCCCGCAGCCUCUCCUCCGCGUCCGCGGCACGAGCCCGGCCCCCAGACCCCUUGGUCCCUGACCCCCAGUGUUACUGA